CCGGUUCCGGUGGCUGCGGGGCUGGGUGGCGAGGGGGAGGCAGCAGGCGAAGGAGCGAGCGAGUCAGACACUCGGACCGGCGCAGACUCCGCCGUCCAGAGCCGCCGCCCGGGGACUGAGUCAGCAGGAGGGAGAAAAUGAAAGCAGGCUGCAGCAUUGUGGAUAAGCCAGAAGGAGCAGGAGGCUAUCACUUCCCAGAGUGGGCAUACAAAACUGAAUCAAGCCCCGGCUCCCGUCAGAUCCAGCUCUGGCACUUCAUCCUGGAGCUGCUGCAGAAGGAGGAGUUCCGCCAUGUCAUCGCCUGGCAGCAGGGCGAGUAUGGGGAGUUUGUGAUCAAGGAUCCAGAUGAAGUGGCGCGUCUGUGGGGCAGGAGGAAAUGCAAACCACAAAUGAACUACGAUAAGCUGAGCCGGGCCCUCAGAUAUUAUUACAACAAGAGGAUUCUUCACAAGACAAAAGGCAAAAGGUUUACCUACAAGUUCAACUUCAACAAGCUGGUGAUGCCCAACUAUCCAUUUAUUAACAUACGGCCCAAUGGUGUUGUCCCACAGAGUGCCCCACCCAUCCCCACCGCUUCGUCCCGUUUCCAUUUCCCACCCUUGGACAGCCACUCUCCCACCGAGGACGCCCAGCCCAGCCAGUUCUCUGGUGGGUCCCUGGGGCCAUCCACCCAGGAGUCUCUGAAUGACAGCGGUGACAGGAAGCCUGACGUGCCGGAGUUGGAGGAUGUCUCUUCAGACUGGCGGCGUGGCGUGGAUCUCAUGGCUUCUCGGAAUGCAGUGGGUCCUGGGAGCAUCAAUAAUCAAAAGCGCAAGCCAGAGGUCAUGCUGCCUGUCUUCACGAGGCCUGGGAUCUACCCGGAUCCUCACAGUCCUUUUGCCGUGUCCCCUCUUCCAGGACGCGGUGGGGUCUUAAAUGUCCCAAUCUCGCCUGCCUUGUCUCUGACUCCGACCCUCUUCUCCUACAGCCCCUCACCAAGUCUCAGCCCCUUCACAGGUAGCAGCUGCUUCUCUUUCAACCCUGAGGAAAUGAAACACUACCUGCAUUCACAAGCCUGCUCAGUCUUCAACUACCACCUGAGCCCGCGGACUUUCCCCCGCUAUCCGGGGCUCAUGGUCCCACCACUACAAUGCCAGAUGCAUCCCGAAGAGCAGCCCCAGUUCCCGAUCAAGCUACAGCCUCCACCCGUGGGACGGAAGAACAGAGAGAGACUGGAAAGCACUGAAGAGGUGACUGCCCCCCAGCUAGCUCCUGCUUCACCCAGGGUUAAGGUUGAGCCCAUAGCGGACAAGGAGCUUGAGAGUGAAGAACCACCAGCCAAAGGGAAGGACAAAAGUGAGGAGGAGGAGGAGGAAGGGCCUGGCAUGGUGAUGCCAAACACCAGCCUGGAAGGAGAGAAGGGGGCUAUAUUUGCCAGGCCAGCUGUCCCAUCCUGGCCCUCAGCACCACCAGCACCUACCCGAAUAAACUUCCCCACCGAAGAAUCUCAGGGGCAAGGGGAAGGAGGUGGAGAGAAGCCAUCCAGAGAGCCGGUGGGAGACACCGGGGUGCAGGAAAAGAGAGAGGAUGCCCUGAUGCCACCAAAACUGCGUCUGAAACGUCGUUGGAAUGGUGACCGGCAGGCUGAAGCCCCUGAGGAGCACCAGAACGGGAAGCUGCACUGGAAUGGCGUACUGGGUGCCUCACACCUUGUCCCACCACCCAAGGCAGUGACAGCCACAGCUGCAUCGGACACCUAGAAACUAACUGGAAAGCGCUACAGUCCGUUUGUAUUAGAAUCCAUGUAUUUAUGUAGCAAAGUUGCAGAGGGGCGGGGGUGAGGGACUAGAAUGGUUUGAUAAUUCUAGGGACUAGGACUUUGGUUUUUUGUUUUGUUUUAAUUUGUUGAAUCGAAGGUGAGACUCUGCUUGUCCUGGUUAGGAGAGGGAGACGCUAACCUCUUCUGUGCCUGAAGUCGAGACCUUGCGCAAACUCCAGGAAGACCAAGCCACAGUCUCUCCAGUGAGGCUUAUGAACUCCAGACAUAAUUUACUUUAUAUUCUCUAGUAUUUAUAGAAGCAGGAAUCUGAAUAUAGUUUCUUUUUAUGGCGUCGGGUGCGGCAGUGGAAAAGAUUUCCUAAACAGUUCAAUCGGAGAUGCGAUUUUUUUAUUUUUUUUUUUUUUGUCGGCAUCACGAGCUGUCGCUCUUUUCAGCGGUUUGGCGGACAGGAAUGUUGCACUGUCUUUAAAUUGAAACGGAGAUUGCAGAAAGACAAACACAAAAAACCAAAACAGCUUGGCAUCAGUAGGAGGAAGCUGCUGAAAACUCAGCAGUCAGUGGUUUUUGAGUCAAGCUGUAUUUCUGACAAACAACUCUCAUUAAGACUUGAAGACGCAAUGGUUGUUCUUUCAGCCUUCUUAAAAUAUUGAAAAAGCCAUGAGCAAUUGUCAAAUCUUUCAGGGAAGGGAGUAGUGGAGUGGGAAAUAUAACCUAAUGCCUUUAAUAGAAUGCAUUAAAAUAUACCCUAGGUUUUUUCUUCUUUCUAAUAGUAUGGGUGGGGUGGGAAAGUGAUUGGAAGAUUAACCCUCUAAUUUGAUUGUGGUGAGUUCAUGGAAAAGGAAUGAGAGCUUUGUUAAAUCUACUCCCUUUAUUGUUUGGUUCCCCUAUCACUUUGAGUCAUGCCUUAAGUACAUAGAUACACUUUAUGUGAUCAGGGUCUGUUGACAGAAGAAGCUUGUAUAACAGUUGGAUCAUCUUGACCGAGGUUGGGUUUCCAUUUGGUAUUGGGGGUCUGUCUCACUUUUAAUACCAUUGGGAGGAAAACGUUGUUUAGACUGACUGCGAUGGGUGCGGAUAUAAAGGAUUGCGUGGAGGGACAGGAACACGGCAGGGUGACAUUGAAGACAGUGUUCCAGUGGGGACAAGAGAGAUUCAGAAGUGAAUUUUAGAGGGCAUGCUGGUACGGUAGAGCAGUUUGGUGAGUGGUGGUGGCUACUCAGACCUUGGUUUAUAAAUCUUGCCACAUUAUUUGCGAUAAACCUUCUGGUUCCCUGGAUAGCUAUGUUUCUCAUUAGACUAAUUGGCCUGGGCUUUGGAUUACACCAAGGAAUGUGAUUCUUUCCUGUUGCAUUGGGACUAAUUUCUAAUGAUUCCUUGAAAGGCACUUGAAUGAUUGAUCUCGGCAGGGAUAAAGUCGUAUCUAUAGUGUUCUCGUUUAUUCAUGCAAGUCUAGGAAAGCGGUUUUGAGCAGGCUAGCUACUUUACUAGAGAACUUCGUAUGUGUGAGCAGAGUAUUACUUGCAUACGCUAUUAUGCAACUAUAAAUCUGGUCUACAUGGUUAAGAGGGAAAUUUGCCUGCUCAGCUUGGAGCCAGUGAGUUGAAAACCUGACCAUAAGGCCCUGCUUAAGCAGAAUGGUGUACAUAGUACAAGGAGCAUUCAGAGACGAACUGCUCUGUUUGGUAACUACUGCCUGAGAGGCACUGGCAGAAACGUUUGUAAAUCAAGGGGCGGAGAAGGGGUUGUGAUCUCUUUACUGGGGCAGCUCUGCUUAGUUGCGGCAUCUAUGCCGUGAGGCAGUUCCCCCUUUGCUCCCAGCUGCCCAAUCUGUGCACGCUGCAUUAGAACCCACGGACUUCCUAGCUCCCAGUUCUUGGCCGUAAAUCAUUCCCCCACAGGGUUGCCUUUUCAGCAUCUAGAUUUACCUCCAAAUUUGGAAGUGAGCAUGGGUGAGGGGGAAGGGAAAGGCAUCCCUGUCUUUCGGAACAUCCCUUUCCGGAAGAGCGGGCCAGCAGAUGUCAGUAUGAACUCAGGAAUAGAAACUCGAGGCCUUUCGAAUCAGUAAUGCAUAUCUUCAGCCCCAUCAUACCCAAGUGCCAGAAUCAAGGGAUGCUGCUCCCAUUUGAGGGGGAAUAAAAUCACCCGUUUUGUGCUUCUUUUUCCAAAUGAAAGUUAAAACUACAUUUAAAAUGUUAUUUGGCUUUAAAAGUUUGCAAUCGGUUUGGGUUGGGGGUGGGAGGGUCGAUUGUCAUUGCACUGCAAACUGGGAUCUCCAAGUUCAGGGAUAAAGGACUCAGGUUCUCAGGACAAUGGACCAGUGAACGCCGGGUACAUCGGUGUUGGGGUGAUGUGUUCAGCUUUGGAGAAGGGGGCGGCAAAGCCCAUUAGGCAGCGUUCCUCUGUUCCCCAGCUGGCUCAGGAAGACACCUCUUGCAAAGGUGUUCCUCCUGACCACACUUAACAUUGCCAGCAGCUUAAAGGAGGAAGCUUAUAAAUACAUUUUAAAUAAAAUAUAUAUAUAUAUUCCAGUGUGCCAAAUAUUUAAACUUUUAAAGUUUAAAUGGUUGAAAUCUCAGCGUCCACCUGUAUUAACUAAUCAAGAGCAUGUUAAUGUUUUAAACCAUUUUCGCUUUGUUUAGCCAUAGAGAGUCUGUAGGAAAGGAACUUUAAUGAGACAACCAGCUGUAAUCUGAGGUUUGAAGGGAGAGAAUUAUCAGGGCAAAGCAUGGGGUUGGGAAUGUUAGUCGAGCAUCUCCCCUUGGUGUUGCAAAAUUGUCAGGCCCUGGGGGUCAGUCUGCUCAGUAAUGAAAAUUAUUCCUUGCAUCCCCCAGGGAAGGGCGAGUUGGGUUUUGCAAGGCUAUACUAGCUGGGGAUGGUAUUUGGCUAAUACUGCCCUGCUCCACAUAGGGAAUUUAACCUCUCUACAGUACUGUGUGGGUGAUGAGAAAGGAAUGGCCUCCUCUUGAAGCAUUAAAACCCUAGUGACAAGCUGUCACUGUCUUUGCCUACAAGACAGGUUAAAUCCAUUGCUUGGUUGUCUUAUUUUUUUAUUUAUUCUAUAAUUAUGUGUUUAUUUUUUAAAGUAACUUUUUUUUUCCUCUUACGGUUCCUGGUGGGUUUUAAAAAGGAUUUCUUCUCUUGGUUUGAAAUAUUUUUAAUCAGAUUGUUUUAAAAAAAAAAACUGUUAAAUUUUAGUGUGUUUUUAAGGAGAAAAAGUAUUUACUGAUAGAAAGUUUUUUAAAAAAAAAAUAAAUUCACUUUUCGUGAGGCAUGUUCUUUGACUUUAUUAGAGUUGAUUCAGCAGGGAUUAAUAUGGAUGCAUACACUCUGUUAGCUUGAGCUAUCUGUCCACUGAAAGCAGAAUUAAGUGUGUGUAUAUGUACAUAAAAAUGUAAAGUAGUCUUUAAAUACUCCAUUGUGCAGUGCCUUUAGCUGGCCUACUUUCUAUAAAGUCUUCAAAAAAGUUUGCAUAUAUAUAUUAUAUAUAUAUGAUGUAAUGUUAUAGAAAUAUAUGUAUAAUAUACAUAUUUUUUCCAGGGGUAUCUGAUAGCUCUGUAUUUUGUUAUGGAAGUUGAAAGAAAAAAAAAGUAUUUUACCUCAAAUUAAAAAGUUAAAUAAACCUUUUAAAUAAGU